CUCUUCACCUAACAAAGAGAACAAAGCCGCAAUGAUCCAGCCGCGUGCAAUGCGAGCGCGAUCAGCGUCUGGUCAUGCUGCCCGUCAUGCUGCUGCUACUACUACUACUUUGGCGACAUUGUCGUCGUUGGUGGUGCUCUGCAGCCUCAUUGCAGCCGGCGACAGUGUUCUUGUCUGCACUCCGCCAACAGUGACAUUCGGAAUCUCAUUGUUCACCAUCAAGUCCAACGCAGAUGCACAGGCUCUCAGCGGAUGCACGCACAUCAAUGGCUCAAUCGCUCUUGGAGGUAUCUUUGCGGAUGUCUGCACGCUGCAAGACAUUUCGCCACUAUCGAGCAUUGUCGAGAUUGACGGCGCUCUGGCUUUCAACAAUUGCCCAACUCUGGCCGACAUUUCACCUCUGGGAAACCUGCAGCGCAUCACUGGCCGAGAAACAAUCUUUGGUAGUACGUUGCGAAUGGUCGGGUCAACCCUGACCACGCUGGCACCCCUGACCAGUUUGAACGCGAUUGAAGCUGGCUGCAUUCUCUUUUCGACCAACAACAACCUGGUGUCCAUCGAGAUUUUAGCAUCCGUCACCAGCUGGAAUUUCCGUCACAACCUCACUUGCAUCCAAAUAGAUAACUGUGACGCGCUGCAGUCGUUGAAUGGCCUCCAACAUGUUGAGGAGGUUUCUGGCGCUGUGAUCAUCACCAGCAACGCUGUUCUUCAGCAAUUGUCGCUGACCUCGUUGAGGAAUAUUAACGGCACUGUGCGUUACAGCACACCCCUCAACUCGACCACUACGUUUGCUUUGGCGAUUUCGGACAACCCCAUAAUCAAGUCGCUGUCUGAGCUUUCUCAUCUCCAGUUCAUUUCGGGAGAUGUCGAAGUGCGUGGAAACGACUUGCUUUGCUAUGCGCCCACGACAGUCUCUUGGAGCACAAUCAUGACUCCAGGCUCCUACGCGUCAUUCGCCAACAACAUGCUCAACUCUGCUUGCGCCGCUAGCGUGAGCUCUGUGAUUCGGGCCAGCCUUUCUUCGAUCGCGUCUGUCUCAUCCGUCCUCCAAAUCUCCUCUGCCACACCAGUUCCCGGCACCGGUGGACCUACUCUCAAUAACAACAAUGGCGGUGGCGCAUCGUCGUCUGCGGCCAUUGGCAUCGGUGUUGGUGCAGCCGGCGGAGCUCUGCUGAUUGCCUUUAUCGUCAUCCUGGUUCUCGUCCGCCGUCGUAACGAGCGCAACAAGCAUAAUCUGUCUCUUCCCAGUCAAAACGGACGCGGCUCGACAAUCUCCAACAUGUCAAACGUGUCCAACGUUUCAGCAUCCGCCUUCGAACUCUCCGGUUACCCGGCGUCCAAUGCCUACUUUGCCGGAGCAGAUGGCAAGUACUAUGAGAUUGACGUCGAGAAUGCUGCUGCGAUUGACGUGACUCCCCUUGCCGACCUUGAGGUUUUGCCUGGAGACGUUACGGUGAACGAAAAACGCAUGCUGGGCGAAGGACAUUUCGGCCAAGUGUUCCUCGGUCAGCAUGCCGGGCAAGCAGUGGCUGUCAAGAUUCUUAAAGACCCCACACACAACGUGGAUACAUUGCGCGACUUUAUUGGCGAGGCGCUGGUCAUGAAGCCGUUCGCCCAUCCCAACGUGCUCCGACUGGUCGCUGUGUGCACGAGCGCAGUCCCACAAAUGCUGGUUCUCGAGUUUAUGGCCGAAGGUGAUCUCAAGACCCUUUUGCGCGCUUCCCGUCCAGAGUUAUCAACACGGCGAAUGGAUUUGACAGACAAACACUUGUUGCAGUUUGUUGCGCAAGCGUGCACCGGUCUCGAGUAUCUACAUGCACUUCGAUUCAUUCACCGUGAUAUCGCCGCACGUAAUCUGCUCGUCGAUAGCAUGCUCUGUGUCAAGAUUGCCGAUUUCGGCUUGUCCCGCGAGCUGAUCGACUCGGAUUACUACCGCCGAGCACAUAAGAGAGCGCUCCCCGUCAAGUUCUUGGCUCUGGAAACGCUUCGUGAUAUGAUUUUCGACAUUCGCUCGGACGUUUGGCAAAUGGGUGUCUGCAUCUGGGAGAUUUUCGGUUACGCCGAAGCUCCUUGGCCCACCGUUGCCCCUCAAGACAUGAAAUCUGUGCUCACUUCAGGCCAACGGUUGGAACGGCCAGCGCAUUGCAAGGACGACGCAUACGGACUUUUGCAAAGUUGUUGGCUGGCGAAUCCCGACCAUCGCCCGACGGCCGGAAUGCUCCGAGAAGCCUUCCAAAGCAUGGUGGAUCGUGCAUAGCCGGUUUUAUUGUGCCUGUGUUGUGAACAUGGUGGUUGUUCGCCGGUUGUUGUUGUUGUUAUUGUUGUCGUCGUCGUCGUCGUUUCGUUUCGCUUUCAUCCAUUAUUUGAAUUGUGUGUUUUCGUGUACCAUUUUCUUCUUCUUUUUCUUCUUCUCAUUUUUUAAUGAGACUCAAACAAAACUAAUGAAACAAACAAAAACAGAA